AAAACAGAAAAAUAAAAUACGGAAAUAAAACUAGGAGUGUGUUUGUCACCAUCGUUCUUUCUUCAACUCUCAGUCGACUGAAACAUGUCUAAACUACAGUCGUUUCGUGUGUUUUUAAAUGAGCGUUUAACCGCGGCAGCUGUGGAGAUUUUCGGUGCAGUUGAAGAAACGGUAGCGGAGUACCAGGAGGAGAAUGAUCGGCUACGGAGACUGCUGCGGAUCACACCGGAGAUAAAACUAUGUAGAAUAGAAUCUCUGCAACUCUCUGUCUUUGAGGUUCUCCCUGAGCAGCAGCACUGUGAGCAGGAGUGGAGCCCCAGUCUGGGGCAGGAGAACCCAGAACUUCCACAGAUUAAAGAGGAACAGGAGGAACUCAGGACCAGUCAGGAGGAAGAGCAGCUUCAAGGGCUAGAGGCUGAUAUCAUAGAGUUCAAAUUCACUCCUUCCUGUGUGAAAAGUGAAUGUGAUCAGGAGGACCCACUUCAGUCCUUGACUCUUCCCCAAACCCAAAAUGUGGAGAACAGAGAGCGUGACCCUAAACAAGUGGAACUCACACCUUUUGUUACUGUGACCCACCUUAAGGGUCUCUACAUUCCAUGUGACCCUCAAGAUAAUCAAAACAAUCUACCCAGCCAAAGCUCAACCUUAAGCAGCGACCCAGCAGCACUUGACAGCAGCACGCCAUUGGAUCCCAGCCCGCUAUUGGAUCCCAGCCCGCCAUUGGAUCCCAGCCCACCAUUGGAUCCCAGCCCACCAUUGGAUCCCAGCCCACCAUUGGAUCCCAGCCCACCAUUGGAUCCCAGCCCACCAUUGGAUCCCAGCCCUCCAUUGGAUCCCAGCCCUCCAUUGGAUCCCAGCCCGCCAUUGGAUCCCAGCCCGCCAUUGGAUCCCAGCCCACCAUUGGAUCCCAGCCCUCCAUUGGAUCCAAACCUAUCAAUGGGGGAACACUAUUCCAAACCCAGCCCCACGUCUAAAAAACCUCACCACUGCCGUGGCUGUGGUGAAAUGUUUGCUCUGAAAGCUGACCUGAAGAGUCAUGCGACUCUCUUCAAGGAGAGACUCAUCGAAUGCAGCUUCUGCAGAAAACGCUACAAUUCCACCUGUAAAGUGACGGCCCAUGUCCGACUCUGUCACGGUAGGAAACCCUGCACCAGCCCUGUUUGUUGCAAGACUUUCAAACUUAAAGGAGAUCUGUCCAAGCACAUGAGGAUUCACACAGGGGAGAAAUCAAUUAGCUGUGGAGACUGCGGGAAAAGCUUCAAUCAGAAGGGGUCCCUAAAUAAGCAUACACUUACUCACACAGGAGAUAAACCGUUUAGCUGUGCUGACUGUGGGAAAAGAUUCAAUCAGAAGGGGUCCCUAAAUAAGCAUACACUUACUCACACAGGAGAUAAACCUUUUAGCUGUGCUGACUGUGGGAAAAGAUUCAAUCAGAAGGGGUCCCUAAAGAAUCAUAUACUUACUCACACAGGAGAGAAACCAUUUAGCUGUGCUGACUGUGGAAAAAGCUUCAAUCAGAAGGGGUCCCUAAAGAAGCAUAUACUUACUCACACAGGAGAGAAACCAUUUAGCUGUGCUGACUGUGGAAAAAGCUUCAAUCAGAAGGGGUCCCUAAAGAAGCAUAUACUUACUCACACAGGAGAGAAACCAUUUAGCUGUGCUGACUGUGGAAAAAGCUUCAAUCAGAAAUGGAAACUAUCUUUACAUAUCCAGACUCACACAGCAGAGAAACCAUUUAGCUGUGCUGACUGUGGGAAAAGCUUCAAUCAGAAGGGGAACCUUAGGAGCCAUAAACUGACUCACACAGGAGAGAAACCAUUUAGCUGUGCUGAUUGUGGGAAAAGCUUCAAUCAAAAGUCUAACUUACAGACGCAUGUUAAAAACAUCCACAAAGGAGGAAAACAGGAUAAGCUGAAAGAAAUAACAUUAUGACAAAGAUCUAUUUAGUCACAAGAUGAGAAUAAAAAGUCAGGAUGUGGACAAUA